AAUUCCGUACUCCCCAUCUUCAUCCAUAGCUAAAACCUUCCUUCCUUUUUCUCCCAAAACAAAUUCUCCGAUCCCAAAAAUGGCGACCUCUACGCUCAAUCCAAACGCUCCGAUCUUCGUGCCGUCGGCGUAUCGCGCGGUGGAGGACUUCUCCGACCAGUGGUGGGACCUCAUCCGCAACUCUCCCUGGUUCCGCGACUACUGGCUCCGCGAGUGCUACGCCGAUGUGGACUCCUCCUUCCCCGACUUGGAUGAUUUCGAUAUCGACUUCGAUUUCUCCGGCUUCGACUCCGAUCCUUUCGCCGACGGAACGGUCCGCGACUCCGGUAACACCGAGCAGGAGGAGACUAAGACGGAUCUGGUGACUCUAGGAGCCUUGAAGUGGCAGAAACCGCGAGCCGCGGCGGAGAUUCCCAAGUACGGCAAGAAGGCGCCGAAGAUCGUGAAUGUGAAGGUGAGCCCCAGGCCGAUUCAGCAGCCGCGGUAGAGCGGAUCGUAAUCGUUUCGUUUGCUUGACUCACUGAGUUAGGUCAUUACUUAGUACCGAGUCGGAUAAACAAACUUUUCAUUUCAGCUUUUGUUAGGCUUGUUGUUGUACAGUUGCUUGCUUGCCUAAAGCUAACGUAGUUCCCUGCCAGUCUUCUGUUUGGAAAUUGGAAGUCGUAUCGAGUCAUGUAAUCUCCUGUAAGAAGUUGAAUAAACAACCAAAAGAGUUUAAUCAUUCUCUCCA